CUUUUGUUGCUUGGUGCUUAUGGUUCGAGUCCUCGCCGCCCUUGCUACGCACCCGCGCCGGACGGCAGCUCUGCGCCGCCUCUUCAGCAGCAAGACGACGCAUUUUGGAUUCCAGCAAGUGGAUGAGCAUGACAAGAAGCCCAUGGUAGCGGGUGUCUUCCACAGUGUUGCCGAUAGCUACGACGUCAUGAACGACGCCAUGAGUGGUGGCAUGCAUCGGCUAUGGAAAGACGAGUUUGUCAACAUGCUUGGCCCGCUGCCGCAUCGCAAUGGCGAACCUCUCCGCAUCUUGGACGUGGCCGGGGGCACCGGCGACAUUGCGUUCCGCAUGGCCGACCGACUGAAGCGUGCUGGCCUUCCUGACUCGCCGACGGACGAUGACCGGACAGACAUUGUCGUGUGCGACAUCAACGGUUCCAUGCUUCGUGUGGGCGAAGAGCGCGCGACGGCUCGCGGCAUCGGCCUUCCCGGCACCCGUCCGUCGUUUGCGUGGGUCGAAGGCGAUGCGGAACAGCUCAAGUUUGAGGACAACUCGUUCGACGUGUACACGAUUGCCUUUGGCAUCCGCAACGUUACCCAUGUCGACAAAGCACUGGCGGAAGCGCACCGCGUGUUGCGCAAGGGCGGCCGCUUCAUGUGCUUGGAGUUCAGCCAAGUGCAAAAUCCACUGCUCCGCACCAUCUAUGACACGUAUUCGUUCAACAUGAUUCCGGCCAUGGGCGAGCUCUUGGCCAAGGACCGUGCGUCGUACCAGUAUUUGGUGGAAAGCAUCCGCCAAUUCCCGCCCCAAGACACGUUCAAGACGAUGAUCGAAACCGCGGGGUUCCAAAAAGUGUCGUACACCAACUUUAUGGACGGCAUCGUGGCCGUGCAUUCCGGGUUCAAGCUGUAAAUAACUAGCGACCCAAUGAAAUCACACCAACCAACCAACGGCUGGUUGCUUACAUCG